AUGGCAAAAUUUGAUUUAACGAAUGCUCAAUUUGAAGAAAUCGAUAAAAAUCGAGAUGGAAUUAUUGAUAAAAAGGAAUUUCACAAAUGGGCUCCAGGUGCUGAAGGCCAGCCUUAUUCAUCAUAUAAAUCAUCAACCAGUAGAUUUUAUCGUAAUAGUUAUAGUACAAGUCGAUUUAAUGAAAAUAAAUAUAGAACUAAUUAUACAAAUGCUUCGGAAUAUAUGGCUGAUGAAUAUGCUUCAUAUGGAACUACAGCAGUAGCUAGUGAUCGGAUUAAUGAUAAAGUGAUUCAUACAAGUAGUCCAGAAGAAACGGAUGAAUAUCUUAAAAAAAUAGCUAAUAUUUAUAAGGAUCCCAAUCCACAAAUUAUUCGACGAACAAUCGAACGUCCAGUAAUGCAUGAACAACGGGUUUUUCUUCGAUAUCUUCGACCACCUGUUCCAGAACCAGGAACGCUCACUAUUAAAGAAGUGCGUCCACUCCAGCCACGACCGCUUUCACCACUUAUUAUACGUGAACAAUCAGCAGCUCGUUCUUCACCACCUCCACUUAUCUUACGUGAACGGCCACCAACACCACCGCCACCUGUUCCCGAUGAAAUAAUUACUCACCGUUUACCUACUUCACCUGUUCAAUCACGAUCAGUUAUCAUCGAACGUUUUCCAUCUCCUCCAGAAAAACCACGCGAUAUUAUAAUUGAACGAUGGCUUCCCUAUGACCGUCCAACUCAACGCCAUUCAAUCAUUGAACCUGAUCCUCGUGCUCUUAUAUAUCCAAAACCGCGUAAUCAGUCCUGUUCGCCACGAUCAUCUUCAAAAUAUACAAAUAUACGCAGAAAGACUUUAGAUUUUGAUAAGUCAAAUGAAACAAUCACUCGAGGUUUUCCAUCAUCAACUGGAACUAAUUGUGGAGAAAUUCGACGAGGUGCUGAUACAGAUGCUUUUAAGGUUGAUAAUACAAGUUAUUCAUCAUCAUCAGCCAGCUUGAUUGGUGACAGUACUUUAGCUGGCAAUAUUAGUAAAACCCAAAGUGGAUAUCAUGGUAGUGGUGUUAGUCUUACUGAUUAUCAUCUAUUAGCCAUUCUACUUUAA